AUGCCCGGAACGCCGUUGCCGAUGGGGUCAUUCACCUCCCCUCAGGUGAAACGGGUCCACUACGGUGAAGGCUGUCUUUCCGGUCUUCCGGCGGCGGUGGAUGAGCUGGGCGGCGCCCGAGUGUUCAUCAUCACCGGGCACUCCCUGAUGCAGCAGGGAACAAUCUUGGGGCGAAUUCAAGAGUUGCUUGGCGACCGCUGUGUUGGAGUUUUUGGUGAGACGCGGCAGCACGUUCCCAGAGCCACGGUGUUGGCGGCUACCCGAGCGGCCCAGAGUGCUGAUGCAGACCUCCUGAUCAGCUUUGGUGGGGGCAGUCCCAACGACACCGCCAAGCUGGUAGCGUUGUGCCUGGCUGAAAACGUCACCGAUGAGCGCCAACUUGACCGCUACCCCGGCGAGUUCACCAACUUUGCCGGGGCCACCGACGAGGAACGCAAGGUAAAGGACCUGUAUACCGGCGAUGGGCUUUGGGUGUCGGAGGCGUUUCUGGACCCAGUGGUCACCACGGCGACACCGGGAUGGCUCUGGGCCUCGACCGCUUUCCCUUUUCCGACGGACUGGCCUUGGAGGCGCUGCGGCUCUUGCAGCAACACCUUACCCCGGUCCACUAGCGACCGUGACGACCUGGAGUCGGCUGGUUACUGCCAAGUAGCCGCCUGGAUGUCCAUCUAUGCCUUGACCAACGUCCAAGUGGGCCUGAGCCACGGCUUGGGCCAUCAGCUUGGCGCCAGGAAUGAUGUUCCCCACGGGGUGACUUCCUGCAUCAUGCUGCCCCGAGUGAUGGAAUUCAACCGCUCAGUGACGGCUCCGCAACAACGGCGGAUUGCUGAGGCCAUGGGUGUCGACACCCGGGACGCCAACGACGACGAGGCCGCCGCCGCGGCGGUCUCGGCCUUGGAGAACCUGAUCGACACUCUCGGCAUUCCCCGCCGGCUUAGCGAUUGGGGUGUUUCAGAGGCUGACUUGGCCCUCAUUGCUCAGGACGCCUUGGAAGACUUGGUGGUCGCAACCAAUCCUCGCCCCAUAGCCACUCAAGAAGAGGUCGUGGAGCUACUGCACCGGGCGCUUUAA